AUGAAAGUAAAAACUUUUGAUGAACUGUUAUCAAAGUUAGAAAAUCACCUGAAGCACUGCUCCAUAUAUCGAGAAAUUAUACCUCAAGUGGAACGACUUGCUGUUACAUUGAGAUUCCUUGCGACCGGCAAUACCUACAUAGAUCUACAUUAUCACUAUCGGCUUGGAGAAUCAACUAUUGGCAAAAUCGUUACAGAAGUGUGUACAAAAAUUUGGGAUGUUCUGCACGAUGAAACUUUAAGACUGCCUUCGUCACAUAAAGAUUGGCUGAGAAUCGCUGCGGGUUUCGAAUCACGAGCAAAUUUUCCGAAUUGUGUUGGAGCGAUAGAUGGCAAGCACGUCCGUAUUAUUUGCCCUGCAUUCGGUGGAAGUUUAUUCAGUAAUUAUAAAAAAUAUUAUUCAAUCGUUCUGUUGGCUAUGUGUGACGCUAAUUACUGUUUUAAGUAUAUUAAUGUGGGUGCUUGUGGAACAGAUUCUGACUUCAUAAUAUUUAGGGACAGUAACUUGUAUGCAAAAUUACAAAUCGGCAAAAUAAACCUACCAGAACCGAGACAAGUAGCUAACAGCUGGACACCGUUUCCUUACAUAAUUGUAGGGGAUGCAGCGUUUGGAAUAUCACGUCAUAUUUUAAGACCAUACGCCCGUAGGUAUAUGACUCACAAGAAAAAAAUAUUCAACUACCGUCUUAGUAGGACAAGACGCUACAUAGAAUCUACUUUUGGUAUUAUGUCUAAUAAAUUUGAAGUAUUUCACUGGACUUCAUUGAUUAACAGCAUCAAAAUAGUCAAAGCAUGUUGUGUAUUACAUAACUUUAUAAGAGUAUUUGAUGGAUAUGAUGUUAUUGAUACUAUGUCAAUUGUUGGUUUAGAAAAUGUUUCUCUAAACAGCUAUAACAUUAUGAAUCGGACAGGCGAUACUUUAAGAGACUUAUUCGCUAACUACUUUGUUUCACCGGAAGGUUCUUUGCCAUGGCAAAACCAGUAUAUUUACUAA